AUGUGGAAAAAGAUCAAGGAAUUUUUACCUAGUAAAAAAUCCUCCUCCACUGUUAAUUUAAGUAUGGAUCGUACUACUAUUUCUGAUAAGGUAGAUGUUGCUAACGCGUUUAACACUUUUUUCUGUAACAUUGGUUCAGAAAUAGGUAAAACUUUUGAUGAUAGUUUACCAAAAGUAGACAGUUUUGUUUCUGGUAAUCGUUAUGUUAUUCCAAGUAUAACACCAGAUUUUGUUCUUACCGAAAUCAAGCAAAUGGCUGCUGGUAAAGCGACAGGAAUUGAUGGUAUUUCUGUUAAGCUGUUGAAAUUAGCAGAUGGAGAGGAUUUUUCGACGGGCUAUAUCCCAGUUGUUGCUUUUACUCAAGGUCAGACUGCUCAUAUGAACUUAACGCAAGGAGAGAUCCUCAACUACAAUAAACUCAUCACGAACAUACACUCAGUUAUUGAUGCAAACGGUGUCUUCACAGCUAAUACAGCAGGUCUGUAUGCUUUUCACUUUUAUUCUCUAACCAAAGUAAACACAGAGUUAUGGUUGGAGAUUAUGCUGAAUGGAAAUCUAGUUGCAUCUGCUUAUGCUCACUCCUCCGGCACUGGUGGAUACGCAGAUGCAGGCAACUCUGUGAUCUUGGAACUUAGUCGUGGCGAUAUGGUUUACAUUAAGGCACACGAUCAGUAUCAGAAUAUCAUGUUCGGAACAAGAGAUCAGAUAUACACAACAUUCACAGGUGUUAUGAUCGACUCCGGGUAUUUUGAGCAUGAAAGUCUCAACAGAAAUAACCCUACUGGAUUCAGCGUGGGUUUGGACCAUCAUCAAACGAUCACUAAUGGUUCUAAUAUACCAUUCGACGUUGACAUCAUGAACAGAUCCCGCGAAGCAGGCUACAAUUUUACAACUCAUGAAUUCGUAUCACCACAUGAGGGGCUUUACAUAUUCCACUUCCAUGCACUGUCUGAAGCUAAUAAUAAAAUUUGGAUAGAGUUAUUUAACAACGACCAGUAUGUAGUGGCCGCCUACGCCUUUACUUCAAAUGAGUACGGAGAUGCGGGCAAUACUGCAAUUCUUCAUCUGAUGCAGAACGACCACGUGACUGUCAAAGCGAGACCAGGAAAUGAUGUUGAAAUGUUUGGCUCUCCAACUGGAGUGUAUGCUACAUUUUCCGGAGCACUCCUGUCACUUAGUCUACCAAGAACUGAGACACCAGAAACGGAUUUUGAAGAAAUGGCGUUUACCGUUGGAUUAACACGAGAUGCGAAUGUACCAGCUUACUCUAAAGUGCCUUUUGAUCGCCUCUACACAAACUUUGGGAACGGUUUUGACAUGAAUAGGGACGUUUUCACUGCGAAAAUACAUGGAGUUUACAUAUUUCAAUUCCACGGCCUUUCCCAAAAUGGACAAGUUCUAUAUCUCGAUCUUUACCACAAUUACAAAUACAUCACAUCUGCUUAUGCAUUUGACGCAAAUUCCUUUUCUGCUGGAAGUAAUACUGCUGCUCUUACACUCAUGGCCGGGGAUGAAGUUUACGUCAGUGUGAGAGGAACUUCUAAACUAUUUGGUAGUCAUGAUGAAGUAUACUGUACGUUCUCGGGAUAUCUUGUAGCUCCACUAAACCAAUAUCAACCAAUAGUUGGUUAG